GCGCGCCGCCGGGGGGGGGGGGGGGGCUGCGUCUCGGCCCCCCCCCCCCCUCCCCGGCCGCCCUUGACCCCUGACCCCUCGCCUCGGAGGCCUUGUGGGGAGCGCUGACCUCUGACCCCUCGCCUCGGCGACCCCCGCCCUCCGGGGUGACCCCUUCCCGCCGCGGGGGGGGGGGGGGUCGGGGCCUCCCCUCGGCCUAGCGAGGGCCAGCGGCCCCCACCGGGGCCUCGGGGUUCCUUGGGGGGGGCGGGGGCCGUGCUGCUCCCGCGGCCCUGGGGGGGGCCCCACCGGCGCCUCACCCUGCCCGGGGUCCUCGUCUACCAUCCCCCCCUCGCCGAGGCCAGGCCUCGGCCCGCGGGCCGGAGCCGGUCAGCGGUCACCGCCGGGGUUUCUCCAUCUCCCGGCGGUGCCCCCCGCCCCCAGCGCCAUGCCGGAAAUCCUGAGGAAGCCGCGGCCCCGCCGCCGUCCCGCCGCGGGGGGUCCCGGGGGAGCAUCACCGGGGAGCGCUGCCCCGGAGCGGGGGGGGGGGUCUGGCCUGCGCCACCAGCCCCGAGCGGGUGAAGACGUGACCGAGGAGGGAGGCCCAGUCACCCGUGGGGGGGGUGCGCGUCCCCUGGCUUGUCCCAGCUGUGGGCCACCCAGCGCACCGUCACCCGCUGGGGGUCCCCUCUGGACACAAGCGCUUCCCCAAAAGCUCCCAGGGGGGAGUGGGUGGGGGGGUGACCCUGACCCACGCCUGGCGCACGGGGCUGAACUCCAGCCCCACGGCAGUAACAAAACCACUUUUAUUCCUCCCUGCGUAGCGGUAGGGAACAGCUCGGUGACCCCCCUGCGAGGAUCUCCUGCGACACCGCACCUCUGCCGCCGGGAAUACUGGCUUCUCUGCAGCCCGCGUGCAGCGGGAAGGCACCGCGGCACCCCGCCACCGCCGGGCUUCAUGUGAGAGAUGGCGAAUGCCGAAGUGAGCGUCCCUGUGGGUGAUGUGGUGGUUGUACCAAGUGACGGAAACGAAGGGGAGAACCCGGAGGAUACCAAAACCCAAGUGAUCUUGCAGCUUCAGCCGGUGCAGCAAGGGAUUUACCAAGAGGGCUCUGAGGCCAGCGCCGCCGUAGUGGCCGUUGAAACCCACACCAUCCACAAGCUAGAAGAAGGGAUCGACCCCAGCACCAUUGAAACGAACGAGGAAAUCGAGAUCGCCUAUCCCAUCACCUGCGGGGAGAGCAAAGCCAUCCUGCUCUGGAAGAAGUUUGUCUGUCCCGGAAUUAAUGUCAAGUGUGUAAAGUUCAAUGACCAACUGAUCAGCCCGAAGCAUUUUGUUCACCUGGCUGGGAAGUCUACCCUAAAGGACUGGAAGAGAGCCAUUCGCCUCGGAGGAAUCAUGCUGAGGAAGAUGAUGGAUUCGGGGCAAAUUGACUUCUACCAGCACGACAAAGUUUGCACCAACACGUGUCGAAGCACCAAGUUUGAUCUCCUCAUCAGCAGCGCCAGAGCACCGGUGCCGGGGCAGCAGAGCGUGGUGCAGACUCCUACAUCAGCUGACGGGAGCAUCACCCAGAUCGCGCUGUCAGAGGAGAGCAUGGAGGAGGGGAUUGAGUGGAACUCGGCUCUGACGGCUGCCGUCACCAUGGCCACUGAGGAAGGCAUGAAAAAGGACACGGAUGAGAUCUCGGAGGACACGCUGAUGUUCUGGAAAGGAAUAGCUGAUGUGGGGCUGAUGGAAGAGGUUGUGUGCAACAUCCAGAAGGAGAUAGAAGAAGUCCUAAGAGGCGUCCAGCAGAGGUUGGGUCAGUCUCCCUUCCAGAUGACGGAUGCUGCUGUCUUGAACAACGUUGCCCACACAUUUGGCCUUAUGGACACAGUCAAGAAGGUUCUGGACAACAGGAAAAACCAGACAGAGCAAGGAGAGGAACAGUUUCUUUACACACUGGCAGAACUGGAGCGGCAGCUGGAAGAGCAGAAGAAACUUGCCAAGGACCAGAAGGCGAAGUCCCAAACCAUCCAGAACGUGGUGCUGAUGCCCGUCAGCGCCCCCAAGCCCCCCAAGAGACCCCGCCUGCAGCGCCCAGCCUCCGCCACUGUCCUCAGCCCCUCCACCCCCAUCCAGCAGCCUCAGUUCACGGUCAUCUCACCCAUCGCUAUCGCGCCUGUCGGACAGCAGUUCUCCGUGGGCAACAUCCCGGUGGCAACUAUUAGCCAAGGCUCCAGCCCGGUGACUGUUCAUACCUUGCCAUCUGGCUCCCAGCUUUUCCGAUACGCCACCGUGGUGUCCUCCUCCAAGACCAGCUCCUCUGACACAGUCACCCUCCACCCGUCCUCCAGCCUGGCGCUGCUGAGCUCGGCGGCCAUGCAGGACAGCGGAGCCCUGGCGAACGUGGCGGCCGUGGUCAACCCCGUGGAACUGGUGGCCAUGGAGUCCGGCCUCACUUCCACCAUCCAAGCCGUGGAAGGCACCUCGGAUGACGGGCAGACCAUCAUAGAGAUCGACCCGGCACCGGAUCCUGAAGCAGACACGGACGAGUCGGAGGGCAAAGCUGUGAUCCUGGAGACAGAGCUGAGGACUGAGGAGAAAGUGGUGGGAGAUGUGGAGGACCACCAGCACCAGGUCCAUAACGUGGAGAUUGUGGUCUUGGAGGACUAGUGGGGGAAGGCAAGCGUCAGUUUGGGGAAGAGUUGGGAACUUGUUUUAUUUUGGGCUUUUUUGUUAAGCAUCUUUGCCAGCCACCCCAUUUGUUUCCAUGGAUAUUUUCAUUGUACUGUAUAUAAUAUAUAUAUAUAUAUAAUUUUUUUUUUUUUAAAACAAAAAAGCUGGAUAAACACGUGAGACCUGGAAAUGGCUCCGUCUCCGUGGAGCACUGAACAAUACCGCCUGUUUGCAGGGUCAAGGAGAGACUGGAUCUCUGCUGAACAAUCCAACCGGGAGGAACUGGACGAGGGCUCCUGGCGCUGAGAGCGCGCCGUGGCCCAGCCGCGUGCAUGGUGCUUCUGCUCCGGGCCUGCCCUGGCCCGAAAUAUUUUAUUUCAGAGAGACAAUAACCAGUGGCUGGAGCAUUGAUGUGACUGUGGGAAGGGGGUGAUGGCUUUGGGGUGGAACAGGUACCUCAUUUGUAUUUUUAUUUUUCCCGAGGGAAGGGAAUUCUGUCAGACUCUUCACUGUCACCUCAACUGGGAUUUUUUUAUUAUUAUUCUUGCUUUGGGGAAGAGGACAGUAACCCUGCCUUUACUGUCCAUAUUCUCCUCCUCCACACAAAUUGUUUUUAUAUCUAUAUUUUUUUGUAUUUGUUUGCUCUUUCCCUUCCCUUGUCCAGAUUUCCCAGCUGCAAAGCCCUGGGACCUACUCUCGCUGGUCUCGGGGUCCCUGUAUCCCAAUCCCUCCUCUUCCCGUGGCACUUUUCCUCCAUCCCUGUCCCCGCCUGGCUAGGCUCGGUGCUGCAGACGCCGCUUGGAGACUCUGAGAUCACUUCAGCCUUUUGAAUAAAGGCAAAAAAACAUCAACUCGAGCUUAAAACUACAACCUCCCCCUUCACUGCUCAGCGCUGCAGGGACCUUUCGGGGUGUACAAAGCAUGUUGUGCUGUUGCUUUCCGGGAGAGCUGGACUCCGGAUCGGGGCAGCUUCUGUUUACACUGUGUGCUGGGGCUGCUCCGUGCUUGUCGCUACUUGUUUGGUGGUUUUA